AUGGAGACAUACAACGGGCUCGUUCGUACGCCAACAGACGCCAUCAUCCUCUUCGAAGCCUGCAGGUUGGGCAUACUCCCUCGAGUCCAGCGGAGAUUGUCAGAGAAAGAGAGACAAUCCAUCAGAUCCGGCUCGGUCUUUGUUUGGGAUGAGCGCGAAGCGGGAAUGCGGCGAUGGACCGAUGGCAAGAGUUGGAGUGCAAGUCGUGUCUCGGGCAGCUUCUUGACUUAUCGGGAAAUGGAAGGCAAAAGAGGAGGAAACUCAUACGUGAAUACGGCCAAUCGAGGCGCCAAAACCCCCGAAAAUGGUCAAGACGAUCCUUCGCAGUCUGGUGAGGGCGAGGAGGGACCCGACGGCUAUCGGUACAAGCCUGAUGGCCUGAUGAAGCAGUCCUUCAGUAUCACCACUUCCCAAGGCCAACACCUACAUCUCAUCAGCUACUACUCCCGAACACAUCCAGCCUCUCAGGUCUUGCGACAGCCAAGCACCGAUCCCAAUCUGGCCUCGAUACAACCCGCGAAAGGCAUGUAUCCAGAAUCCACCAUCAACGAUCAAUCAACGGUCCCUGCCGUCACUCGAUCGCCCAUGUUAGGGGCUCCAGGAUAUGUCAUCUCUCCAGGUGCCCCAGGGUAUCACCGCCCAAGCCCUGGUCCGCCGCAAGCAUAUAUUCCACCCGGCUACAUCCCUCACCCAGCCUACAUCUACCCAAUCAGUCCGAUGCACACCCCUCCUCCCGGACACUAUCUACAGCCAUAUGCUAUUCAGGCCGGCUUGCCCCCUCUUGCAUUCACCCCAGCGCCAUAUCCUCCACCACACCAUCUAUCACUCAGCCAAGCACCACCGUCCUCUUUCGAUCAGCGUCCCUUACGAAACUCAGACUCGAGGUCGUCAAUUCCUCCCCCUUUACCGCCUGCCACUUCCCCGCAGGCUCCCCUGAGCACUUACACUGUCAGCCAACCCCCUCCGCCAGUAUACCAAUCCAGCCCUGCUCCACCAGUCAAUACGCAAGCUCCUGAAGCUGCUAGUGAAAAUGCGGGCACGGGGAUACAAAUAGAUCCGCGCUUGACCACUCCUACUACCUAUGGGGCUGAAACCCAGACGAACGGCGCUAAUGGCAAGAGCGAAGCAAAUCAAUCUGGAACGCAGACCUCUGACACCAUCGCGGUGAGUGCCAGCCAGGCACCCACCAUCACCGCCCUCGUACACAAUAUCGAUACGAAUGUUGCCCCGGCAGAGAAAAGCCAGAGUGAGGCCGAAGCGGACCGACAAGGCAGUACGAGUCCAGGUGGAACCAAGAACGGGGCACCACCGCAAGACAUUCCCAGCGAGAAGCUAGGGUUCCGAGAGGAUAAGAGAGCCCUGAGCAAGCUAGACCGCGUCUUUGCCAAGGUAUAG